UAAACAUGGCGGACAUAUAAUGCAUAUUCCAUGGAGACAUAUUUUCGCUUAUUUCUCAAACAAAAUGUAAAAUAUCAAGCAGUUUUAGUUGCAAUAUGAGUGUAGGAAGUCUUAUACCUGUACGAUUUCUUACAUUAACUGCACAUCUCGUUAUAACCAUUGUGAUAUUUUGGUCAAAGGAUGCCAAUCUUCUAGAGUGCCUACCAUUAUCAUAUUCCCAGAAGGAAUAUGAUGACAAGGAUACAACUUUGGUGAUUGGUUUAUCUUUAAUGCUGGCCUUUCUUGGAAUAGAAUUGCUAAGUUUCCUUGGCGGAGUUUCAAUGUUUAAUGCUUCGGCUUCCAUGUUUUCAAUUGCGGCCCAUGGCAUUGGCACCAUUUCCUUGUCUUUUUUCAUCUUUGAUUCGUGGGAUUGUGACAGAUUUUGGUAUAUUUUUGGAUUUUGCAGUGCUUUUCCAGUAUUAAUUGAAAUCAUUGUGAUGGUCGCUGUUUCCUAAAACGAGGAAUGUGAAGUUUUAGUGAUAUUCAGUGUGCACGUAUGUACACUUCCAAAUACCGGUAUGCAACUUGUGUGUGUGUGAAUAAAACUGCUGUCGUCCCAGAACAUAUUUGAUCAUGGGAAUAUCUGUCUGUCAUGUAAAGAAUGAAGCCAGACCUAAGUUUCACUUGUAUAUAUUGACAAUAUAUAAUUGUCGCUUAAUAGCGAUUUUUAAGAACUGGGCAUACUGUAUAUAGGUUGUAAAUAAACUAAUUUACAUGCAAAUGAUAAGUAGCACGCAACCAUAUAUAUGCCCAAUGCUAAAGUGUCAGAACCGUAUAAUGUCUGGACUAUAGAUACGCCGUCUUUUGAGAUAAAUAAUAUGUUUUUCAAUGCCAAAAAGACGCUACAUUUCAACAAUACUUCCAUUUUCCGUUAUUUGCAAUAAAAAAUUGACUUUAGUCUACAUUUCUAGUGAGGUAAACAGUAAUAUGCAUCGCAUAUUUGGAUUGUUCUCAGGAUUUGCAUGAUCAAAGUUGACGAUGAUUUGAUGAACGUCGUUUCACUACUCGGUGUGAUGGCGUGAGCAUGUCAUUUUUGGGCUCUAUUGCGGGUAAUAAAAUGACGUAUCGUCUGUUGACAGGUAUCUUUGCCGACAGCAGGUACUUGUGUAGCAUUAAUAUGCGCUUGCUUUGUCCUAAAGCGGAAAAAAACUUAAUAUUGUCUACUGUUGUGUGAAAAAUGUAUUCAAGUGCAGAAUCGGAUUUAACUAGUAACGCUUAUCAGUGCAAAAUCCAAGCUAAACAAGAAUUGGAAGCAGAGGAGUUGUGUUAAAUUACUAAAUAAAUUAUUCGUUAAACAGA